AUGGACGAAAGGAUGGCACACAACAUGGAGCAAUCUGACGCUGUAGCUUGGUCUAUAGACCUUACCAUCUCACCAGCACACCUCAUCACUGUAAUAUUGACCGUGAUCUUGCUAUUCCGCUUCCUAUUCGGCAGGAUCACCAACUUCGAGGAGCUCUUUGAUAAAAUCCGCAUAUACUGGGUAUCCAACAAGAUCCGAAAGGCAAAAGAGCUCUUUCAAACAGAUACCCAGAUCCAAAUACAAACGGACUGGAUCAAGAAGCGUGAGCUCCUCGACGCGGAGCUAGAAGUCCUGAGGCAGCGGAACUAUUACCUUCGAGAGACCUUCAUUAAACAUGGUAUGGAGGACAAGCUCGAAGACCUUGACGGCCUUGAUAACUACGGCCCCAGUCUUUGGGAAGACAAGCUGGCCGACUCAAAGAUGAGACUGUGGCUGAACAGAAAGGCCCGUGUCGAAAUGGACAAGACCAUGCCAAAGGGCCCUAGAACAAGGGCCUGGGUCGUGCAGUCAGGACGGGCCAAACGAAAGAUAUCAAAGAUCGGCCUAGCACGAUACCUCGCACAGGAGGAGUUUGUAAACCCAUGCAAAAAGAACGAUGGCUGCUGUGCGAGAAAAUGCGGAUGCUGCACCAAGCCCCGAGACGUCUCCAGCGAUGGCGAAGUCUACUUUGCCCACUGCACGGAGCACUGCCUCUGCUGUAUCGGCAGCCGGGGCUUUGCGACGCUAGAUACAACAACCGGCAGCAAAAUUCCAGGUUUCGUCAAGCUCACGCACGAGAACACGUUCCCACAACAAGCAAGGGCAUUCCUCCCGGAGACCCCAGUGGCCCAGAAUCUAGGAGAGGAGGAGCCUGCUUACCAGGCAGAGGCCCACAGCGUUGGCGAAGGCUUUGACGAAUCCAUGAACAACGAGACUUCAUGA